AUGCCCCGAGGCAAUGACAAGGUCAGCAAUUUCAGCAAAGAGGUUCAUUCCAGCCGCGUCAACAAUUUCAAUCUCAACAAUUCCAAGCACCGCCAGGCUUUCAACAACAACAUCAACCGAAGGCACCAUUUCAGCUGGGUGCCCAACAUCAAGUGUCACCGCAAGCUCCUAGUGGCUCAGGAAACUCAGACAAGUAUUCAGGACCUUCAGGCCACUGUUGGCCAAUUGGCAAACAAAGGUAAAUUGCCAUCUCAAACGGAGAUGAAUCCGAAGGCAAAUGUGAGUGCCGUCACUUUGAGAAACGGAAAAGAGCUUCAAGAGGUUGGAAAGAAGAAGAAAGAAAAGGUUCAUGAGGAAGAAGAUGAGUUAGAAGUCAAGACAUCCACUUCGGGUGCAAAGGAUGUCAAAGAAGAGGAUUCAAAGAAGAAGACACCCGAAGUGAUAGUUCAAGCACCGCCAUUCCUGAGCCGGUUUGAGAAGACAAAGCGGGAGAACGAAGAGAAAGAGAUCCUUGACACAUUCCGAAAAGUUCAGGUAAACAUCCCUUUAUUAGAUGCAAUUAAGCAAGUUCCUAGAUAUGCUAAGUUUUUGAAAGAGCUUUGUACAAAUAAAAGGAAACUAAAGGGUAAUGAAAAUAUAAGUAUGAGUCAAAAUGUGUCCGCUGUUUUGCAAAAACAGUUACCACCAAAGUGUAAAGACCCGGGCAUGUUUACCAUACCUUGUAAGGUAGGUAAUGUCUCGAUUAAUCAAGCUAUGUUGGAUUUGGGGGCAUCAAUUAAUGUUAUGCCAUAUGCCAUUUACUCAUCUUUGGAUGUACGACCCCUAAAGCUAACCGGUGUGGUAAUCCAACUAGCGGAUAGGUCUAUUUUCUACCCUAAAGGGGUAUUAGAGGACGUGCUAGUUCAAGUGAAUGAGUUGGUCUUUUCGGCAGAUUUAUAUGUUAUAGAUAUGGAGGAGAAAAAUGCCUCCAAGGCCGAAAUGCUUUUGCUAGGUAAACCAUUUUUGAAAACCUCUAAGACUAAGAUAGAUGUCCAUAGUGGUAGUUUGACCAUGGAAUUUGAUGGCGAGAUGAUUAAAUUUAAUAUAUAUGAUGCCAUGUGA